GCAAGUACUUUCUCGGAGAGAAAGUCGCGUCCCACCAAAUCGCGUAGGCAACUUGCAAACGAUAAGUUGCAUCUCACAAUGGCGACCUCCAACGAAGGUGGUCUCAGUAAGUACGUUACUCUCGUAUCCAGUGAUGGGUUUGAGUUUGUUGUUCUGCGAGAAGCCGCUUGCAAGAGUGGCGCUAUUAAGAGGAUGCUGGAUCCCAAGAGUAGCUUUGCUGAAUCGACAACGGGGAGAUGUACCUUCGAAGAGAUUAAUGGUAUUGUUCUCGAGAAGGUUGCCGAAUAUUUCUAUUACAGCUACAAGAAUAGAAACCAGGAAGAUGUUCCAGAUAUGGACAUCCCGCCAGAAUUAUGCUUAGAGUUGUUAAUGGCAGCGGAUUUCCUUGAUACAUGACGAAUGAUGGACCUUUCGAACACGGCGAAUUACGGCGUAUAACGGGGCGCUUUGCUUUAUGGAAUAGCAUAGGUAUAGGCUGGAUGGUUUCUAGGAAAGAUGGCCUCGCAAUCUGAAAGACAUGAAUCCAAAACGGCAACCUACAUGUGAGAUCGCUUUGCACCCAGAGACUUCAAUGCCCC